AUGAGGAAGAAACAACAAACAACAACAAAGUCAAAAGAUAAAUCAUCAUCAACUGUGACUGCAACAACAAUAUCAACAGAACCAGUGAAUCAAUAUGACAACAAGACAAAUGAAUGUAGGAUUGCUGGACUGGGCCUGUUCAAUGUGUUGGAGGAUGACUUUUUGCUAGAGGCCGUCUUUCAGAUGUUGAGCGUCAAUGACCUGCUCACCUUGCAAGCCAUCAGCAAAGCAUUCUACAUCCUGCUCAAUGAUGAUCGUCUCUGGAUGGAUGUCUUUAUCGACGAGAUCAAGGACAGUAAACAACCACUGGUGUACAUUGGUGGCUCGUGGAAGACCACGGCAAUGAUCCAUCUCUAUGCCAAUGGCCGUGACCCAAGCACUCUGCGCAGGUCCUUCAUCCAUUGUCCAGAGUUCCAAUCGAUACAGAUCUACACAAGAUGGCUUCGCAGACACAUGGACGUCAAGGACUACUUUGUCGAUUCAAAGUUGGUUGAGCGCAGACGCACCGACGAGAUGACCUACCAAGAGUUUGUCGACAGAUAUGAGCAGCCCUCCAUACCAGUGCUGCUCACACACGGACAGACCGAGUGGUCGGCCAACACAAACUGGGCCAAAGACAAGCUGGUGGAGACCUAUGGCGACAUCACCUUCAAGAUCAGUCACAAUGAUCACAAGAACAUUCCAAUGAAGCUCAAAGACUACGCCAACUACAUGUCCACACAGCUGGACGAGGAGCCACUCUACGUGUUUGAUCAGUCUUUUGGCGAGAAGGCACCAAACAUGCUCAAAGACUACGCCGUUCACGACAAGUUCUUCCCCGAGGACCUCUUCCAGUAUCAAGGCGAGAAACGACCUCACUACAGAUGGAUCGUGAUUGGUCCUCCUCGCUCGGGAGCACCAUGGCACAUCGAUCCAGCUGGCACAAGUGCAUGGAACAGUCUGGUCUCUGGCCGCAAGCGAUGGUUGAUGUAUCCACCCUCCAUCAAUCCAAUAGGAGUGGAGCUAGAGGACAUUGUUGAGAAGUUCUAUGGCUCACCAGGCUCAUUGCUCUGGCUGCUCGAGGUGUAUCCCUACCUGCCACCAGACCAACGUCCAAUUGAAUGCAUACAGAACCCAGGCGAGACAAUCUUUGUUCCAGGUGGAUGGUGGCACAUGGUACUCAACCUCGAGGAGUCCAUUGCAGUCACCCAGAACUUCUGUGACUCUCAGAACUUUGACCGUGUUUGUACAGACUUAGCACACGGAAGAGAAUCUGAUUAUCAUAGCUUUAAGGAGGCAUUGUUAAAGGAGAAGCCAGAGUAUGAACCCAAGUUUAAAGCAUUCGAGCUGGCUGACUCGCAGUUGAAGGUCAAGUUCACUGAUGAUACACACUGGAAUCCGAUGGUGAAGCGUGUGAUUGGACAUCACAUCCCAGAACUGAAUGAGAGUGAGAUGGUCAUAACGACAAGUGAGACAGGUCAGUCGCCUGUGUUCAUUGUCAACUCCAAGUAUGUGAUCAAGUUCUUCAGUUCAAAGUAUGGCGGAGAGAAGUGUUUCAAGCAUGAGGUCUACAUGUAUGAGCAGAUCAAGACGCACAAGCAGUUGUCUCCUUUGUUCCCAGAGGUGUUGGCACAUGGACACCUCACACAUUUGACCCAGUCUCCAGACAAGGCCGAUGGAGAUAACGUUUGGCCUUGGCCAUACAUGAUCACGAGCUUCAUUGAUGCCACCAGUUUGAUCGAUGUCCAAGAGGUACCAGAUUCACUACCAUUCCCCUAUCCACCAAAGGAAGGGGAGGAGGAGGAUGAUGGCGAGCUCACUAUCAUCGAUGAUAGUGUACUUAUUCCAUUGUUGGUUAACACCGCGUCCAACAUUCACACUCUAAGCAUACCGAAAGAGAACAAUCCGUUCCUUACCGAUCUGAAUGACCCAUGGCUGCACUGGAGGAACCAUAUCACCACCGAGUUGGUCGGCAAGUUCAAGGAGAACCAGUGGAACUGGGGUGGUCUGCCCAAUCAACUUCUGAGCCAGAUGGAAUCCUAUCUUCCACAGGACAUCAAUGGAUACAUUGACACUACCCUGCCUCCAUGCUUCAUUCACGGUGAUCUGACCGAUGAGAAUAUCUUGGGCGAUGUAAUCAUAGAGGAGAAGCAGAAGAAGAAGAAACAAAACAAGGUAAACCAUCAGAAAAAGACAAAGAAAGGUGCCGUGCCAAGUGAUGAAGAGGACGAAGAUGAUGACAACGAGAUCGAUGUUUGGAGAGCAAGCAAGUUCAUUGAUCUUGGUGAUGCCAACUAUGGUGACCGUUACUACGAACUGGUAUCACUGCAUUUAUCGAUCUUUGCCGGCAACAAGAGGAAGCUCAGGUCAUUCCUAAAUAGCUACCGUCUGCCCAACAAUCAGACAUGGCUAGAGGUUUACAAAUCAAACCCCCAACGAUUCAUUUACCGAUGCACCUGCUACACUUUGGUUCACCAUUGCAAUGCACUGUCAACCAUCGUCUGUUGGAGGCCUGCUUUACUGGAUGUCACCACCAUCGAGGAGCUGGGACGUCAACUAUACGACCUUGAUCUCGAAUAA